GGAUUUUCAGGAGGCAGCUAAUAGGACAGCAGAGGAGGGGCAGAGCCAGAGAAGUUUGCCACAGGACCGGGCAGGACUCGAGGGAGCGACUAAAGACGCGUUUCUGAGCGCUUAUUUAUCAGAGUGCCAAAACUUUUGCGUGCCUUUGCAGGACGCGUUCACGUAUUGGACAGAUUCAGUUUAGGAAGUUUGGCAACAGUGUGUUUUAAUGCAUGCCAUUAUACACGCUGUAUAAGCUUAACACCUCUAACUCAUUAUUAUUAUUAUUAUUAUUAUUAUUAUUAUUAUUAUUAUUAUUAUUAUUAUUAUUUUAUAAGGCUUAUCGGUGUGUUUCACUGGAGUUACUGGACUUCUUGCUUUCAUUCUGGAAAAGUUGCAAGGAUUUAUUUGACUGUUUACUGUUAUUGCAUCGUGAACAGUUCCCUAUACAUAAGGAUUUACUCUGUCAUAUGGUACAGACGAGUCAUUGUAGCCUUUUUACUGAGUGUUUGACUUGAUGCAUUGGAUGAGAUCAUGCCGGUGAGAAAGAAAGAUACACAGCAAGCACUGAAACUCCUUGAAGAAUACAGGUCAAAACUGAAUCAGCCCGAGGAUGCCCAGCUUCGACACUCCAUCGACAGAGUUAUCAGCGUGUUUCAGAGCUCGCUUUUCCAUGCCCUGAUAGAUAUCCAGGAAUAUUAUGAAGUGACUAUACAGGAGAAACAGAAUGAGUCUACAAAGUCCAUGAAACCAGCAGAGCCUUGUUCUCCUGCUAACAAAGCAACAUCAGAAACCCACACUAGUAAGAAAUACAGAUAUCAAGAUGAAGACACCACCUCUCCUCCAGAACAUGGCUCGACUCGCCUGCCCGGAGAUGUUCAGCCUCCCGAGCUGGUGCAGGUGUCAGAGAAAAACAUCUCCCAGAUCGAGAAUGUCCACAGCUUUGUCUCUCAUUCACACAUCUCCCCAAUGAAGGUAGAGUCUCUGGAGUGCGUUUUUGAGAGCUCGUCCCCAGUAGGAGGAGAGGAGGUGCCGGCCCCUGCCUUCUCCACGCUUUACUCACGCAAUGAGGCACUCAUGCAGCAGGCAGAUGCCGUUCCUCCCCCUGCUCCCAUAAUCCCUGUGAUCCCUAUCGCGCCAGUCCCAGCCGAGACCACUGUCAUCCCUGCACCCACGUCACAGGCCAGCCCGGCCCCAGUGUUGGUGAACACAGACAGCCUUGACACGUCUCCCUAUGUGAGCCCAUAUGUAAAUGGAACAGAAGCUGAUUAUGAAUAUGAAGAAAUUAUGCUCGAACGGGGGAACUCUGGUCUGGGUUUCAGUAUUGCAGGCGGCACUGAUAAUCCACACAUCGGUGAAGAUCCAAGCAUUUUUAUCACUAAGAUUAUCCCGGGUGGAGCUGCUGCUCAGGAUGGCAGGCUCAGGGUAAAUGACUGCAUCCUGCGAGUAAACGAUGUAAACGUAAGAGAUGUCACUCACAGUAGAGCCGUGGAGGCGCUGAAGGAGGCAGGCUGUAUCGUCAGACUAUAUGUCCGAAGAAGAAAGCCCAGCUCUGAGAAAAUCGUGGACUUAAAGCUUGUCAAAGGUCCCAAAGGUUUAGGCUUCAGUAUAGCUGGUGGAGUCGGAAACCAGCACAUUCCUGGAGACAACAGUAUCUACGUCACUAAAAUCAUCGAGGGAGGAGCUGCCCACAAAGACGGACGUCUCCAGAUUGGGGAUAAACUUGUCGCUGUAAAUGUUGUUUGCCUUGAAGAGGUGACUCAUGAGGAUGCUGUGGCAGCCUUGAAAAACACGAGUGAUGUAGUCUUCUUAAAAGUGGCAAAACCCACCAGUGUGUUCAUGAAUGACAGCUAUGCUCCCCCUGACGUCACCAACUCUUAUUCCCAGCACAUGGAGAAUCAUAUCAGCUCCCCAAGUUAUCUGAGCCAGCCCACAACCCCAGCCACACCUUCACGCUUCUCUCCCAUCUCCAGAGGCUUGCUGGGAGACGACGAUAUCACAAGGGAGCCUCGGAAGGUGAUGCUACACCGCGGCUCUACGGGGCUUGGAUUCAACAUUGUGGGUGGAGAGGAUGGCGAGGGCAUCUUCAUCUCCUUUAUCCUGGCUGGAGGACCUGCUGAUCUCUGUGGAGAACUGAGGAAGGGAGACCGCAUCAUCUCUGUGAAUGGAGUGGAUCUCCGCACUGCAACUCAUGAGCAGGCUGCUGCUGCUUUAAAGAAUGCUGGUCAGACUGUCACCUUAGUGGCUCAAUACAGACCAGAGGAAUACAGCCGUUUCGAAGCUAAAAUCCAUGAUCUUCGGGAGCAGAUGAUGAACAGUAGUAUCAGUUCAGGCUCCGGCUCACUCCGCACCAGCCAGAAGAGGACGCUCUACAUCAGAGCCCUGUUCGACUAUGACAGGACGAAGGAUUCUGGCCUCCCGAGUCAAGGAUUGAACUUCCACUUUGGGGACAUCCUGCAUAUCCUGAACGCUUCAGACGAUGAGUGGUGGCAGGCACGCAAUGUCACCGCAGAUGGAGAGGUGGGAGAUAUUGGAGUCAUUCCCAGCAAAAGGAGGGUGGAGAGAAAAGAGAGGGCCAGGUUAAAGACGGUCAAAUUCAACUCCAAGUCUCGGGACAAAGAGCAGUCACUCAAUGGCAAGCGUAAAAAGCACAUCUUUUCACAUAAAUUCCCCUUCUACAAGAACAAGGAGCCGAGCGAGCAGGAAACAAGCGAUACGGAGCAGCAUGUAACCUCUAAUGCCAGUGAUAGUGAAAGUAGCUACCGUGGACUGGAAGAAUACGUUCUGUCAUAUGAGACUGUGAUUCAGCAGGAAGUGAAUUAUACUCGUCCUGUGAUUGUCUUGGGCCCUAUGAAGGACCGGAUCAACGAUGACCUGAUAUCAGAGUUUCCUCUUAAGUUUGGGUCCUGUGUCCCCCACACAACCAGAUCAAAGCGCGACUAUGAGGUUGAUGGCAGAGAUUAUCACUUUGUCAUGUCUCGAGAACAAAUGGAGAAAGACAUCCAGGAUCACAAGUUCAUAGAGGCGGGCCAGUACAACAAUCAUCUGUAUGGUACAAGUGUACAAUCAGUGCGAGAGGUCGCAGAAAAGGGUAAACACUGCAUCCUGGAUGUCUCUGGCAAUGCUAUCAAACGACUCCAUCUAGCACAGCUAUAUCCAAUUGCUGUGUUUGUCAAACCAAAAUCAGUGGAAAAUAUUUUAGAGAUAAAUAAGAGGCUGACUGAGGAGCAGGCCAAGAAGACCUUUGACAGAGCUAUGAAGCUGGAGCAGGAGUUUGCAGAGCACUUCACUUCCAUUGUACAAGGGGACACACUGGAGGAGAUCUACAACCAGGUUAAACAGAUCAUAGAAGAUCAGUCUGGACCAUUCAUAUGGGUGCCAUCCAAGGAGAAACUGUGAGAUGGCUGAAGUCAGAGAAACUAUUUUUUUUUUUUUUCACUUUUUUUCCUUCCUUUUUUGGGGGUGAAUUGAAAUAGGAAAUGCUGCAGUAUUCCAGGGUGUGUUUGUGAGAGUGGGCAGAGCUGAUCCAGCACAUCUCAUCAAGACUCAAUUCUGGAGCUCUGUGUUUCCACAUUUCAGGUUGAAGUGCGACGCCUUACCAGGGCCUCACUGGGAGAUUAUAUGGUACCACUUCCUUAAUGUUUAAGGCAGGUGACUUUAUAGAUGGGAAAGAUUUUAAUGCAUACACUUCUAUUUUAUUUGGGUUGUUUUUUCAUAUAGCAGUGCAUAAAAAUGCACUUGUGUACGAUCACUCGGAGCGACACUUUGCACGUUUUAGCACUAAAAGCAUGUUUUGGAUGGUUUUGUUCUAGUUAAACUACGUUAAUUUUAAGUUUUCCUUAGUCAUGUAUUUUGAGCUACAUUAACCACAGACAAAAUGUUUUAUUUCUAUCAUACUGUAUAUUCCCAAUGAUCUUAUAAUAGGAUCAAAACAUGUAACUUAUGCAACUAUCCAGCUUCUAAACUGCACAAACCAAUGGAUGGUUUGAAUGGUGACCUGGCACAAAAUAUGAUCAUGGGUCAAGGAUUUGUGGAAGUUUACUGCUGAUUAAUGGUUAAUGGUUUGAGGUUUACUGUGGCAUGGCAGAAAAUGAUUAAAAUUCAGGUGAAUGUGUAUUUUAGGACAUAAAUUCACAAUGCAAAUCUUAAUAGAAUUUACUGUACACUGAGAUUUUAACAUGUAUCUAACCCUGAGUAUACUGCCUAUUUUUGUUAUACUAAAAACUAUAUUGAGCUUUACUUAAACUCUAAAAAUAAGGGAAUAAUUAUCUUUAUAUUGAAUAUAUCUAUAUGAAAAUAUAUUAAUCUAUAUAAAUAUAAAAAGAAUAUAUUUUCCUUUACUUUCACUAUAACUUUUUUUUUCAUGGCCCUCAGUGAAGAUGUACCUGGGGCUCAUUGGGCAGUUUUUCAAACGCAGUCACUAGCAGCUUAUUCUCCUCUGCCCUCUCUUCCAUAUGUCUCAUGUGGUGUGCAUGGUUUUAAGAGCAAUAGUAUUUAUAAGACGUGUGUGUAAUCAGUAAAAGAGCUGGAAUACGCCUUUGUGUUUUGAGUUGUGAAGAUGCUGGGUUUGUUACUGAAAGUCAGCAGAAGCUUGUUAACUCUCCUUUAGACACAGUGGUCACUCAGCUGGAUGGAGAGGGUCUUCUGAGGCUCUCUCAAACAAAAGCCUUUAUUUCUCCACUGGAGGGCGCUCUCACCGAAUCUCUCCCAGCUCUCCUUUUCAUUGUCACUUGGAGAUGAUUGUUUUCUAAAAGACUGACUCGCUUCCACUGGACCAUGGCUUUCUAACACAUUUUUGACUGGACGUUGUAAAUAUUCUGGUCUAAUUCAUUCCAUUUGUCAAAAGACAAGAAGUGCUAAUAAACAAAUCACACUUUUAUUUUAUUUAUUUUUUUUCCUUUUCUUUAUGUCAUCACAGGAGGAGCAGCUCCCAUUUUCAUUCAGAAUCAAAUAUGUCUGGUGAUGAACACAGUGGUUUUUUUUUUUGGUUUUCUUUUUUUU